AUGGAUUGUGCACCAUUCUUGAGUCUGCUCUCAGCCAGGUCUCUUUGGAAGGACUCCUUGAGUGUCAUAUUGCUGGUGGUCUGUUUGAUUUAUGUCCAAUUCACGGUUCAAUGUUGUAGAAAGAAAGCAGGUAACGCUUUGCUUACACGGGGAGUACUCCAAGUGCGACGUUCAGAUUUUCUUUAAAUUUUGCACACACGUCGGGCAUUAACUAAAUAUCAAUUCCUGAAAGUUUUAGCUCGCGCUUUGCGGGCGCCGCCGAGAUAUCAAACGAUCUUUGCCGCCGAAAGAGCACGCUAAACGUGGAGAGCGGUCAGAGAGAAAAGCGCUUUUUGGCCAUAACUUUGGCAGUUUCGUGCGGAAAAAUUUGAUUUUUUGUAGAAACAUUAUCCUUUUUGUUUCUGCAAAGCGCGAGCUAGGAUUAUCGCAUAUACCUUAGAAAAAAUUAUUCUAAAUUUGUGCCAGGUUUCAUCAAAAUCUGAGCGUCGCACUUGGAGUGCUUCCCCUGUUAGUUUAGUUAUACGUAUUUAGGCCCAAACAAGCGCCCCAAAUGUCCGACUUCUCCAGCUAUGAAUAGCCCCGGCGACCCUUUGGGCGUAGUAAAUGGAUCUUUGGUCAAGAAAGCAGAGGCCAACCCAAAUAACCAGAACAAGAAAGAUGAGAAAGAGGGUUCAAUAAAGAGCAUGAAAACCCAACCAUCGUCAAUGAAGAGUCAGAAGUCUGGGAAGAGUGGGAAACACAAGUCCAAAUCCCGGAAAGAGAAUACGGAUUCCUGUGUUUCCGAUGGAAAGGAGGGCAGUGUACGUAACACGUAAUAGUACAUAAUAUAAGAGGGGUUCCGGGUAAAUUCAAAUUUUUUCGGCAAUGAUGCUCGGCCACGCUUUUCGGCCAUGGCAAUGCGAGAUACGAAUUAUAUUACGAGCUCCUGGGGCCUUUUUGAAGUUUGCUGUUUCUAUUAAAUAUUUUUGCAGAAGAAGGAAGAGAAUGAUGAUUCCUUCAACAAAAGAAGACCGAAAGUAAUGGAAGCGAACCGAACCGAUGAGAUCAUGGCCAAGGGCGCUGUAGCUCGAGAACGCGACGACUACAAGACUAUGAAGGGAGGGAUGCCGACCAGCGACUUCGACAAGUCCUUGAACCUCCCCAAAGAUAAAAAGUGAUAAAUAAACUUUAUUUGGAGUAUGAUAAAAUUCUUUUUGGCCGUCUGGAAGCGGAAAUGGCCUUGGCCGAAACCAAAUUGAGUAAGCGAGGGCCUUCGGAAACGGGCCUAAAGUGGAAGUCAAAAGCGAAGGAGGAGGCCGUUUCCUUUCAUGUUCAUCUCCGUCAUCGGUAUCUUCUUAUAUUUGCUUGUUGCAUUUAGCGAGACACAAUGUCCAGUAAGAAUUCUUUCCAAAAAUGUCCAAGGCCAAUACGUACAAGGACAAUUGGUGGAGGAUCUGCAUGAAAAUGAAGGUUCUAGGGUAAAUCCAGAAGGAGGGAAUUUUGGCCUGAUAAUCAGCAGUCACUAUUAUUCGACAUCUAUGGCCAGUUACAGAUGCCAAUUUCUAUUUCUCGGGGCUCCAGACGAACAUGUUCAGAUCAGUUUCAUUGAUUUCCAUCUUUCUGAUGCCAACACAUCCAAGAGGUAUUAAUAAAGUAAACGAAAUUGAGAUUGUAGAUGCGAAGAAGGGACCCAUCUCUCGAUUCAUGUUCUAGUGGGAUCAAGGAUGUCAAAAGUUCAAGACUUCUGUGGAAAGGAAUUGCCGGCACCUUUAAUAUCGACACAGAAUCUGUUGACGAUGGAGUUGAAUGUGAGGGACAUUCCCCUUCCAAUCCCAGCUUCAAUGGGUUUUAAACUGAAGUAUUCUUUCAUGAAGGGUUACGGUAGACAAUACAACGACGGGGCUUCAGUUAAGAGUACCGGGGGUAACCAAAAUCUUACGUUAAAGACUCUCGUCUUAGAUUGUUCGUUUGCAUUUUACGGAGACAACGCGACCGCAGGCCAAGUUUGGAGUCCAAAUCAUCCAGGGUUUUAUCCCCGGAACUUGGAUUGUGAAUAUACUUUCAACGGACAGCCUGGCCAGAUUGUUGUGAUCCAUUUUCAAUAUUUUGAUGUUGAAGGAUAUGGACAGUAAGUGUCUAAAAAAAUAUUGCAUUCAUUUAGAUGCGAGGAUACCACUCACAGUGACUUUGUUUUGUUCAGUAAUUACAAAACGGUAGAUCGAACAAAUCGAAGGUUUUGUGGCUCCAAUAGACCUCCAAAGGACCCAAUCCAAAGCGAAUCCAGCUAUUUUCGAAUGCAAUUCAAGACGAAUGAUAUCUUCGAUGCGACCGGCUUCUAUGUUUACUAUCAAUUCCUAAACCAACGUGAGUCUUUCAACCCAAACAAUUGCUCGUUUAGAACACUCGACCAAAAACAGAGUUAAAUUGGUCUCCAACAGUCACGCCCAAUUGCAUUUCUCAAUUCCCACACUUCUUAUUUGCUCAACAAUAAUUUCAUUAACAAAUAAAUUCAACAAAUAG